AUGCGUCAAAGCUACAGCUUGGUGCUUGUUGGCACCUUCCUGUGUGCUGCUGCACCUGUCUCGGCCACUAGCCUGCCGAGAGGUGUUGGCCCUGAAUUUGCCAAGUUCUUCGAGGCCAAGGAGACCUUCUCUUGCAUCGGCCACCCUGAGGUGAAGCUUAGCAUCAAGCAAGUCAACGACAACUCCUGCGACUGCCCCGAUGGCUCCGAUGAGCCCGGCACUGCGGCCUGUGCCUAUCUCGACCCCCUCUCCCCCCCGCAGCCCUUUGCCGGCUCCCUGACUGGUACCACCAACACCACCAAUGCCCUACCUGGCUUCUGGUGCGCCAACGGCGGCCACAUCGGCGCCUACGUCCCCUUCACAUUCGUCAACGACGGCCACUGCGACUACGACGUCUGCUGCGACGGCACCGAGGAGUACAGCGGUGUUGGAGGCGUCAAGUGCGAGAACAAGUGCGCCGAGAUCGGCAAGGAGUACCGCCGCAUCGAGGCCGCGCGCACCGACGCCAUCGACAAGGCGGCUAAGAGACGCAAGACGAUGGCCAAGGAGUCUCGCGAGCUUCGCCGCCGCGUCGAGGCCAAGGUCAACACCCUCAAGGACGAAGUCAAGGAUCUCGAGACCCGUAAAGAUGAGCUUGAACAGAAGCUUCACGAGAUCGAGCGUUCCGAGAAGGGCAAGGUCGUCAAGGGCGAGGGCUCUGGUGGAAAGCUCGGCACCUUGCUGAGCCUGGCUAAGACUCGCGUGACCGAGCUUCGCGAGACCCUCGAGGACGUCGUUGCCCACCGCGACGAGCUCCAGAACAAGGUUAAGGAGCUCGAGGGCAUUCUCAGCCGCUUCAAGGAGGAGUACAACCCCAACUUCAACGACGAGGGUGUCAAGCGCGCCGUCAAGGGCUGGGAGGACUACGCCGCCAACCUCGCCAACGAGGCACUUCCCGAUGGCCUGGAGGCCGAUAUCAAGGAGGUCCUUGUCGAGGACUCCGAGACCUCGGGCAUCAACUGGAAGGAGUUCGAGGAGGACGAGGUCUCCGACACCGACAUCCUCUACAACUUCGAGGCCUACCUCCCUGACGCAGUCCGCGAGUUCGUCCAUGGAAAGCUCCUCUCCCUACGGGUGUGGAUGAUCGAGAACGGCCUUAUCGCUGAUAACAACCAAGCCGGCGCCGAGUCUCGCCUCGUCAAGGCUGCCCGCGAGGCCUUCAACUCGGCCAACAGCGAUCUGUUGGACAAGAAGCGCCAGCUGGAGGCCGAGGAGAAGGACCUUGAGAAGGAUUACGGUAUCGACGAUAUCUUCCGUGUGCUGAAGAACAAGUGCGUCAGCACCGAGCUCGGCGAGUACGAGUACGAGCUUUGCUGGAUGGAUAAGACCAACCAGAAGUCUAAGAAGGGCGGCGGCAACACCAACAUGGGCAACUUCGUCCGUAUCGACAAGGAGAUGGCAGACGACGAGGAGCGCAUCGACGGCAAGAGCCUUGGCCAGGGCCUCCGUAUGGUCCUUCGCUACGAGAACGGCCAGGGUUGCUGGAAUGGCCCGCAGAGACGCACCGACGUCUGGCUCGCCUGCAGCGAGACGGAGGAGCUCUGGAAGGUCUCGGAGUCGGAGAAGUGCGUCUACAAGAUGGAGGUCGGUACACCCGCCGCCUGCGACGAGCUGCUUGAGCCUCCCAAGGCCAAGGGCAAGGAUGAGUUGUAG